AUGGCUUCCUGGAAGUCCACAGGCACCUACGUCGAUGAGGUUCCCCCACCUGGGGCGAACAUCGUCAGUGGCAUGUGGAUUUUCAGGGUGAAGCGGCCGCCGGGUUCUCCGCCCUUCUUCAAGGCGCGUUACGUGGCUCGUGGCUUAAGUCAGCGGCAGGGAGUUGACUUCUUCCAGAACUUCUCCCCGACCCCGAAGAUGACCACUCUUCGGGUUCUACUGCACGUCGCCGCUCAGUGUGACUACGAGCUCCACUCUCUUGACUUCAGCACUGCUUCCCUACACGGCAGCCUGCACGAGGAGAUCUGGCUGCGCCGCCCUCCUGGCUUCAUUGGGUCGUUCCUUCCUGGUACCCAGUGGAGCCUCCGGCGGCCAGUCUACGGUCUUCGCCAGGCGCCACGCGAGUGGCACGACACACUGAGGACUACACUUGCGGCUCUUGGGUUCGCUCCCUCUACUGCUGACCCGUCGUUGUUUCUACGCACCGACACCUCGCUGCCGCCGUUCUACAUCCUCGUGUACGUCGACGACUUGGUCUUUGCCACUGCGGACACUACUAGACUCGCCCACGUGAAGUCCGAGCUGCAGAAGAGACACACGUGCACAGACCUGGGUAAACUGACAAGCUAUCUUGGCUUGCGGAUCACUCGGGACAGAGCACGGCGCACCAUCACCCUAACUCAAUCACACAUGGUGCAGCAGGUCCUUCAGCGCUUCGGCUUCACGUACUCCUCGCCUCAGUCCACUCCUCUGCCUACAGGUCACUCGCUCUCAGCUCUGCCUUCGGAUGAGUCCGUAGAGCCGAGUGGCCCCUGUGAGGCUAAGAUCUACGCCACGGCCAUGGCUGCCCACGAGCUACGCUGGCUCACGUACCUGCUGACUGACCUUGGAGAGCGGCCUCGUUCUCCUCAAGUGGUGUACGUCAACAACAAGGCAACCAUUGCCUUUUGUGAGGAGCACAGACUGGAGCACAGGACGAAGCACAUUGCUCUCCGCUACUUUCUUGCUCGAGAGCUGCAGCAGCGUGGUCAGCUUCGUCUGCGUUACGUGGCCACUGAGGCCAACACUGCUGAUGUUUUCACCAAGGCGCUUCCGCCUUGUGACCAUCAGCGCUUUUGCACUCUUCUUGGCCUUGUGCCCACUGGGCCUCACUUGCUUACCUCUUGA